UCCUUUCCUUCCUUCUUCAUUGCACUCACAUUUCCGUACCUUUCUCUUCUUUUUAUAGCAAAGCACAUAGGUGAACUUUCAAUUCAAAGGUUACUCAAGUAUUCCAACCACCGAAGGCACUUCGUUGGUGGCCCACGGAACUGUUACCACACCAAUCUGGAUCGUCACCCAAAUUUAUGCACUUCUAAGCGAUUGGAACUACGCCACAAACUUAAGUCAUGGCUACUUCGAGCCUCGCGGAUUUCUCUUUUAACUUUAUCGGCAAAGAACCUGAUUUAUUGAAACGACUAUCGACCCCUCAUCCUUCUCACCAGUACUCUCAAGAGCGAGACCAUCCUGUCUCACCCUCAGCCCCUUACAGUAGUCAUGAUGAUCACCGCCUUGGGGAUGGCGAGCCUCUCUCUAGUGGCUCCGUUAGGCCGACCUUAUUACAAGUCCUAUCGGGGGGCGAUCUCGACUGUGGAAACGAUACAUCGAUGAUGGACAUGACGUCCGGAACGGAUGAAGACCCUCAUUCCCCUCUCACAGAUGGUCUCAAUGCUGCAAGCAACAGAAGUUUACUGUCUAACGAAGGAGCGGCCCAUCCCAGAGAUUCGAGUGGCAGCGCUGCAUUACACCACUCUUCUUCUCCUUUGCCAUCGGGUACUCCCCGUAUUCAACCAGUCCCAUUCAACGCCAGCUCAUGCGAGGACAGGGUGACAGGGCAUUCCGCCUCCGGAGCCUCGAUCUUGUCCUCACAAGCUCUUUCGACAGCCCCUAUUAUUUCACCAUCUUCAUCGGCCGGUACGGAGGAGGACGAUGGCCCCCUUACUCUUCAGUAUCCUCUACCGAAUCAUACCGGCUCUUAUCCCGUUAAACUCACUGAAGUCAACCUAGAGCAAGUCGACCCUUCUGAUGGCUCUCCGCCAAUCCCUCACCACCGGACAUCAUUGGACGCUGCUUCAAGCUCCACGCCGUCGCAUCAUCCCCAUACUCAACUAUCUUCAUCUGAACCCCAGCAACACACUCAGUCCGAUGCCAUUACACGAUUCAAAUCCCUCUAUGCUAUCUUGCUUUCCUCCGUCGACUCAUUCGCCUCUGAUAUCGAACCCAGCAGGAGCGGUCAGAAUGUCAAUGGUUCAGCAGAAUCGGCGUCACUCUUACUCUCUACAACCCUAUCGAAAGUUUUGAACUAUUCGACGCAAUCACGGACUCUCGCUGAAUCAUCUAUCAGGUCAGCGGAAGAGUCUUUGAAGGCUGCGCGUGCCUCGCACCAUUCAGCCGGAGCGUCAUUCAAAGCUGCAUCGGACGUCAAAGCACUUGUGGAAGAAGUUGUCGAGGCGACCAAACGCAGAGACCACGAAUUGAAGGCAACUCUGGAUCAGUUGGGUGAUUGGAUUACGCAAUAUGAACGAGAUACACAGAACUCGAGAAUUAUAGUCAACGGUGAGGAUGCUGAGAUGGAAGGGGUGGUUCAAGAGGACAUGAAUGGUUCUCGCAGCGGUGAAGAAGACGAGGCGCAGGUUCAUGCGCGAGAAGAAAGCCAUCUUCACCAGUUACGGGAGCAGGAGGUGCUCGCCAAACAGAAACGGUUAGAGGCGGAGAAGAAUAUCGCUGAGGUCAGGAGUUUGAGGGAAAGGAUGAAACUUGAGAAGGAAGAAAGUGAAAGGAAACGACAAGAAGCCGAGGCUGAGGAGAAGGAAAGGCAAUUACGAUUGGCUGAAGAGAGAAAGAGGAAACGGCAGGCUGCCGAAGAGGAGAAAACUGCAAUACAGCGCAGAAUCGCCGAGCUUCAACGAAAGUUGGCGGAAGAACGAGCCAAACAGGUGGAAGAGGCCGAAAAGAAGCGGUUGGGAGAAGAGAGGAUGCGCAUGGAAGAGGAGGAAGAAGCAGAACGUCACCGUCAGCGCAAUCAAGAGAUGGAGAGGCAGCGGCAACAACAGGAAAGACAAGCCGCUGAGGAACAGGUGAAGAAAGACGCUGAGCUACGGCGCAUUGCUAAAGGGCGAAACGCCGCUGAGGCCGAACGUCAACGGUUAGCUGAAGAGAAACGCAUGAGGGUCGAGGAAGCGAACCACCAGCACAGGAUUGAACAAGACCGCCUGAAGGCCAGUCACGAGGCUGACCUCAAGGUGAAGGAAAGAAAAGAAAGGGAAAUCAAGGAAGAGCUCAAGUCGCAGAAAUCCAAAUCAACAGAGCCUUCACCACAACUACAGCGACAGGUGCAGGAGGACGUUCAGAGAGAGUCGGUUCAGGCUCAGGAAGCUGCGGUCGGUGUUCGACCUGCAGUUGAGGUGAAGGUCGAGCGGGCGAAGAGUGCUCAAAUCUCCUCUGAAGCUCAGUCCACCCAUCCUUCAAUAGCCGCAAUCAAGGUCUCGCCGUCGAUGAGCCCACCCGCGCCUUUUGCUCGUUCAUUGUCUAAACCUCGUUCUCAAGGUUCCUUGUCCCCAUCGAAGAAACCUCUGUCGUUCAAUCCAGUCUCCAGCCAGACAUUGGUGCCCACGAACAUCGACAACACGACGAAAGCAGAGAGGGAACGGCUGAAACAGAGGCAGAUAGCCUCUGCUGGGGGAGACCACCCAGGUGAUCCAUCAAGGACGCCUACUUAUGAGGAAACCCGGGCCAUCUCUCUUGGCAUUCGAGCACCACAUCUCAUCCAAAACCCAACGGCUGUUGCAUAUCCGCCGAACCGGUCACUACGUGUUCAUACUGACAUGAAUGUCAAAUCCUCUCAAGCAGAAAGCCAAGAUGUGAUGCAGCAGCCUGAUUCUUCUAAUAGCACAAGUUCAGACACACCCAGCAUCCAUUCUUAUGAUAUCACAAGCACAGGAAACCUUGAUAUCAAGUCGCAAUAUACCCCCGUAUUACCUGAGGUCCAAUCACUGAAUAUCAGGCAUAUAUUUGGCACACGGACAUUCACAGAGACGUCGUUUUCUGAAACGAUUAGUCAGCCCGUUGAAGUAUUAUCUGCUGUCAAACCGCAAUUACCACCUGUGCAAACGGCUUCUCGCAAAGCUGAGGGUGUUCAGUAUUAUAAUCCAGUAAUGGAAAAUGUACCUCGGUCCUUUCGCAACAGAGCAGGUGAAAUUUCACGUUCAGCAUCCCCAGUUAACAUUCGACCUACGAGGAGUGCGUCUCCGACAUCUCCUGACAUAGGCGAUGGUGGAUGGCUCAACGUGAAGACCCAUCUCGCUCAGCAUCCUGUCAGUGUCACCCGACAGGACGAAUCUCACGGGGGUCGUUACUCCUACCCACCAUCUCUCGAAGAUCACGCUCGAACUCCUCCGUUACCUCCUCCAACACAUGCUUUCUAUCCGUCUACCUCUUCCUCCUAUCGUCCAGAUGAUAUUUCUGGUCGGUCACCGUCCCCAAGAGAACACAUCGGAAUGGCCUCACAAACGCACAAACAGAAGCGCACCCGAGAGCGUGAACGCGACGACCCGGAAGAUCGUCGCAGAGGUUGGGCUCCUGGGGAACGUGGUACACGGACAAAUCGACAACUUCCUCGUCGCCGUUUUCAGGCAUCUCCACAAACGCCUUCACCUUCACUGCCUACACCUUCACCACCACACCCGCUUGCGCACUACACUCCAUCAGUAGUACCGGCUCAACAGUACCAUCACUACGAUGGAUCCAUUUCAUAUCCGCAACCACAAAUUCUAGAUGGCAAUGGUGGUCAUAAUGAAGACCAUUUGCCGAAUCGCCAAGUUAUAUCUCACCCCCUCCCAGUCAAUCCGCGUAAUAAUGCACAUCCACUGAACGCUGAUAGUAAUCGUGGGGGGCGUGUUUUAUCUACUGGAACACCUUCUUUACUCAGUCGAUUAGCGGAUGAGGCAACUGAAUCUUCUUCUCAAUGGUCGGCCAGACAAGAUAGUAAUGGCAAUGGAAUUUCAGGGAAGCGCGGAGGGGGAGGAGGUAAAAGGGGCAAUACAGCCUCUAACAGGAAUUUGUCUCAGCGGAUAGCCAGCGAUAAUGUUCAAUCUCGGUCACCUGCACUUUGGGAGCGUCUUUCUUAAUCUCAAGGCUUAUUUUUUUCUGUUUUUCUCCCAUUCGGGUGCUGAUCUGGAUGGUUCAGAUUCUUUCCUCUUACCGUGGUCUUUUUUUUCAUUGAAGGUAUAGUAUAAGGUUUUUAUUCUGCUUAUUACUCGACAGUAUCAUUAUCUUCCAUUAUCGCUGAAGUGGCCUGCGGUUGACCUUGCCACAUCCUGUACUAUAAUGCCAUCAAUCAAAUGUUAAGUGCUUGCUUGUGUAGCAG